AUCCAAUCUCAGUGACAUCAGCAGGGAGAAGGUUUGGCCCAAUUCAUGUUAUUUUCCUCCAGGAUAAAAGCAUGAGUAGCGCCGUGGCUACGGAGAAUUGCACGUUCUUCUCCUUUAGGAUCUCCAUACAGUAGACUGCCGAUCUCCUGCCAGAGAAAGAACAUAGGAUCCGGGACAAGGAAGGCAAAAGGAAGAGAGGAAGGCAGAGCGAAAUUAAGCGCAGCUUCUUUACAUUAUGUUGGGCAACAGAAAGAAAGCAGCCCCGGCGGUGAAGAACGGAGCUGGGACGUCCAAGUUAAAGGCCAUCGAUCCUCUGAGGAAUCUUGGAGUUCAGGAUGAUGACGAUGUGAAGCAGAUGUUACAGGGGUCCAGUAUGGUGAAGGUCCGCUCACCUCGCUGGCAGAAGCAACGCACUUUGAAGCUGCUGGAAGAUGGUGUCACUGUUUGGUGUCAGUCCCACAAAACCUUGAGCCGUGCCAAGGAGCAACAAUCCUUUUCCAUCUUGGAGGUGGAGUGCAUUCGGGAGGGUUGCCAGUCAGAAAUGUUGCGACAAUUGGUUGGCUCAGUACCUGAAGGCCAGUGUUUGACAGUGGUCUUCAAAGGGCCCCGGAAGAGCCUGGAUCUCCUCUGUCAGAGCCAAGAGGAGGCUCAACACUGGGCUCGCGGCAUUCGAACUCUGCAAGAGAGAGUGGAGAAUAUGACCCAGAAGGAAAAACUUGACCAUUGGAUUCAUGCUUACUUGAGUCGGGCUGACCAGAAUCAUGAUGAUAAGAUGAGCUAUGAAGAAGUCCAGACCCUGCUGCAGAUGAUCAAUAUUGACCUGAGUGACCAAUAUGCCCGCAGCCUCUUCCAGAAAUGUGACCGGUCAGCUGAUGGUCGUCUGGACCACGGGGAGAUUGAAGUUUUCUGCAGGGAGUUGUUACGGAGACCGGAGAUAGAUGCUGUGUUUAUCCGCUACUCUGCAAAUGGCUGUGUACUUUCUACUGUGGACCUGAGGGAUUUCUUGAAGGACCAGGGGGAGGACGCUUCACUCAUCCAUGCCCAAAGUCUCAUACUCACAUAUGAACUUAAUGAGUGGGCCCAGAAGAACCAGUUCAUGACCCCUAAUGGCUUCACCAUGUACAUGCUGUCUAAGGAGAACUGUGUCUUUAACCCUGAACAUGCGAGGGUUUACCAAGACAUGAGACGCCCACUGGCUCACUACUUCAUCUCCUCUUCCCACAACACAUACCUCACUAAGGACCAGCUGACUGGGGACAGCAGCACAGAGCCAUACAUUCGAGCUCUCAGUCAUGGUUGCCGUUGCGUGGAGCUGGACUGCUGGGAUGGAGAUAAAGGAGAGCCAGUCAUUUACCAUGGACACACAUUCACCUCCAAAGUACCCUUUGUUGAAGUCAUUGAAACUAUCAACGAGUACGCUUUUAAAGCUUCUCCUUACCCUCUGAUCCUGUCCCUGGAAAACCAUUGCUCUGUGGAGCAGCAGACAAUAAUGGCUCAACAGCUGCAAUCCAUCCUGGGAGACAAGCUGCUCACUAAGCCCCUCAAUGGUCUCAAUUGUCACAACUUACCCUCUCCAGAGGACCUUAAAGGGAAAAUCCUUGUGAAGGGGAAGAAGGACCAUGUGGCGGAGGAGUGCUCGUUAAGUGCUUCAGACUUCAGCUCCUCAGAUGAGGAUGUCAGUUGGACUGAAGGCAAACCCUGCCCAAGAAAAGAGGGGAGGAAGCCAGGUGCGUCUAAGCUUAGUCCAGAGCUAUCAGAGUUGGUCGUGUACACCCGCAGUGUUCCUUUUCAAAGCUUUGAACAAGCUGCCAAAAAACCAACAACUGAAAUGUCCUCUUUCUCUGAAAGUGAAGCUCUCAGACACAUUAAGGACUCAGGGAUGUAUUUUGUGCGUCACAACAGUCACCAGCUCAGCCGGAUCUACCCCUCAGGACAGCGCCUCCAGUCCUCGAACUACAACCCUCAGGAGAUGUGGAAUGGAGGCUCUCAAAUUGUUGCUUUGAACUUCCAGACACCCGGUGAGCAGAUGGACCUAAACCAUGGCAGGUUCCUGCAGAAUGGUCAUUGUGGCUACAUCCUGAAACCUCCCUUCAUGUGCCAGUUUGACACCACCUUCAACCCAGAGAAUGUUGGUGGAGGUCCUGGCCACAGACCUGUAAUGCUCACUGUUCGGGUUAUUUCAGCUCAGCAGCUCCCCAAACCAGAUUGGGACAAGCCCAGUUCCAUUGUGGACCCUCAGGUUUGGGUGGAGAUACAUGGUGUACCCAUUGACAACUAUAAGAAGAAAACCCAUCAUGUUGAUAACAAUGGCUUUAACCCAAGGUGGGACUGUACAUUUAAUUUUACCAUCCACAUCCCUGACCUGGCACUGGUUCGCUUCAUGGUGGAAGACUAUGACUAUACCUCAAGCAAUGACUUUCUAGGGCAAUACACCCUGCCUUUCACCAGUCUCCGCACAGGUUAUCGCCAUGUCCAACUGCGCAAGCUGGAUGGCUCCAGCCUUUCACCUUCCUCUCUCUUCAUCCACAUUACAGUCACCCCUUGCAAGAGCAGUCCUUACAAAUCAUCAGCAAAAUCACCAGCCAGGUCUUUAGCCAAGGAACCCUAAUCUACCCUCUUCCCCUAGCCACAUGAAGCAUGGAAGCCACGAUGGGAAGAUCCCUGAACAUAUCUGCCUUGACCAAGGAAAUAAAGGAUGUGGCCCCAAACUCAUAAAACUUAGUGGUUAUAAAUUUGUCUUGCAAAUGCUGAUGCUAAAGAUAAAAAUGCUGACCAUUAUUUCAAAUUUUUGAAGAAGAAACCAAACGCUUUUCUCAAUGUUCGAUGCUUAUAGUUAACCAUGGUGGUUAGUUUUGUGAUUAAGUCCCUGAUCUUCCUUAGGGUGUCAAAAUAGCAAACAUGGAGAUAUAAUCAGGGAGGGAUAUAACGUCACUGAUGAACCAAAUGCCAAUUUUGGGUGUGAUUGGAAGGUUUAACUGAACGCCCAGCCUCAUUCCCUCUAAUAACAUUGACUGACUGUUGAAUACUAACAGUUUCUUUAAUUUAUCAUUUAAUGGGGGUUUGAUUGUUAGAGCAGGACUGAAGAACUUAAUUACAACCCAUUGAUCCAGCCUGCAAAGGUAUACCAUGACCAAGUUUGGUGCUAGAUUUUGUCUUUACAUUUUGAACAUAUAAGCUACCUUGCAAUUAGUUAAGUCUCAUGGCUUCUAUAGGAAAUUUUUUUUAACUAUUUGUAUCAUAUUUUUGUGUCUAUUUUGUGUAGUCUGCUGGUAUGUGAUUUGACCAUUACUUGACAAGAUUAGAUAGCCUACAUCCCAAGUGUAGACUUUAUACAUGGUGUGUGAAGUAGCCAUCCUCUAUGAAGUGUUCAGGGACAUGUUCAGAUUUUUAAAAUUAGUUUUAAAACAACCAGGGGUCAUUCAUAGAACUAAUAGUCAUUGUCAUAUUCCAUUUUCUGAAACCAACAAUCCAACUUUAUUUCAUGCAGCAACUGGGCAGGUGUGCCACAGUGAGAAAGUAGGUUGGAUUUUGACUUCUCUCUGACCUUCUUUUACACUCUUGAGUCAGUUAUGUUUCAUUACUAUUUGUAGCAACAACGGUCUGAAAGUGUAUGCUCUUAUCCCAGUUUUUACUAUCAUCACAUCUUGGCCGUCUGUAUGAUGGCAAGCUUGUCACUAGGCUCUAUUGAUGUACAUAUGGCAUGCACAUAUUACAUUGAGAUUAUCUAUGAUAAAAUAUUCAAAUUUCAAGGUUCAAUUUUCAGCUUUUUCUGAAUCUUUUGGCCAUAUCACACUCAGUGAAUUUACAUGCACUGUAAUAACAAGAUUACUUAUGAGGUUAGUGCUGUGUAAAUGCAGAUUUGCCAGAUUUAACCUGUCUGUACUUGUAUUUGUAAAGAGUUGAUUAGAAACAUGGAUACCUAUUUACAUGGCAUUUGCAUUCUCCCAGUUAAAUCUACCUGGGGUCACCGAGUUUCUCAAAACCACUACCCCAAUUACAAUAACCACAUAUCUUGUUAUCAUGGCUAUUAAGAAAGGCUGUGAAAAAGGCUGUGAAAAAAGCUAGUGAGAACCCUGAGUUUACAAUACUUUUCCACAGAUGUGUUCAAACAGCGAUGAAGCAAUCUCUAUGUAUUAUGAGAGAAAUCCAAACCUGUCCUUUUAACAUUGUAGUGGAGAUGUUCAGGUCCUAAUGCAGCUUUCAGUGUAAAUCUGAUAUCAGGUUAAAAUUGGGCAAUGUCCCCAAUACAUAAUAUAUAUACAUAUAUAUACAGUAUAUCUCAAAUUUGGAAAAUAUCUUAUAAUAAUAAGCCUUUAUAAUGCAGCCUAAUGUAUUAUGCCUAAUUAGUUAGGUUCUGACAAAAUUCCUUUUUUUAGUAGCCAUAUUAUGUUCAGGUGUGUUUUGUGCAUGCAGAGUCAACCUGACUGACGAUCCUUUGUGACUGUAACAUGACUUUAUUGUUGUCAGUGUUUGAACAAAUUAUACAACACAUUUCUUUGUUAGGCAUCAAUCUUUUAUGUCAUCCACUGUAAGUGUUGAAGGUAAGGUUUUAUACAGUGUUGUUUUAAUUGAGGAAGGAAAUGUUCAAGUUUGUUGGAGGAUUUGGUUUUAGGACAUUAUUAUUUUGUUAAUUUACACAUGACAAGAAAUAAUAUGAAUAUUUCAUGCAGAGUUUAACUCACAGAGAACACUGUGUAAAUAUUGCAAUAUUAUGUAUUGUUUCAAUCAAGGCUGGGUGCUGGGAAUAUGAAAAGAUAGCCUACUUGAUACCAGUAUUAGUCUGUCUCUCUGUAGUAUUAGUCUAAACAAAUAUAUUUUGGCAUUUUUGCCAAAUUAGUCAUUAUUUGAUAAAGAACUUAAUGUGCAAUCAUUUUAACAAAAAUACGAUCUUUUUGAGCUACUGCCAAUAUUUAACAGUUUUAAAAAAUCCCAGCCGUGUUUGUGACAAUAUUGCACACAUGUACAUAAAACAAGAACUGUAAGUGAAAUAAUUAUAUACAUGGUAAGAAAGACCAAAGUUGUGUGUUUUGAACUGAAUAAAUGAUAACCCUAACACUAAAUGUACAAUUCAACAUAUAUAUAUUUUUGGGGUUAUUACCUACUCCAAUGAGAUUAUAUGUGUCUGUUUAUUUGUCACCAGGAUUAAGCAAAAAGUACGGCACCCAUUUGUACCAGUUUUGGUGGGGGAGGUAGGGCAUUGGCAAGGAAAAACCUUGGUGCUGAUUCAGUUAAAGGGGCAAAUCCAGGAAUUUUUAGCACUUUACUCAACAUUGCAAGUGCAUUUGUUUGACAUUUUCAUCAAUAUUGCACCAGCUGUAUGUUAAAUGACCUGAUAUUUAUUUAACCACCUCAUAUAUACACGAUAGAAUAGAAAAUUAUUAAAACACUGAAUAUAAUAACCAUUAUCCAAACAAAUUGAAGAACCUCAUAAUGUUAGAUGGUAUUUGAGUAACCGAAGUUCAGUUCUAACCAUACUGUCAAAUGAUACAUACAUGACAUGUUUCUGACAAUGAUAACUAAAAAUAAAGUGGAAUUCAAGCAUUA